AUGAGCAAGGAUUCCUCCGCCACCCACAUUCACAUGCAUCAGCCUCGACUGGCAGAUUUCUUCGAGGAAUUCACUCGUCCUCACACAUCGACUGCAGCUGCAUCAUCUGCAAACCCACAGCACUCGAUGUCCGCCGCCGGAGGUCACCAAGGUGGAGCAAAUGCGGCCGUGACAUAUGGCUCAUCCUCCCCAUCCACAAUCCCCUCUUUCUUACCGAUCGAGGACAUCUACGUCCCGCCACAAUAUCAACCGCCCAACCCCGAAGACGAGGACGAUGUGGUUCCAGACCAACAUGCUGCGUUUGGAAUCACACGGGCAAUGGACCGGAGGCGUGAGGCUGUAUGGAGAGACUUGGGACUCGAAGCUUUGGUAAAUGGCCAAGGACACGGAGGUGGUGCCACAGCUGCCAAUGGCGCUGCGGGUGCAGGAGCAGUGGGCUCUGGGCCCGGAGUGACUUUACGUGGAAGUAACGGAGGUGCUGCCUCCGCGAGCUCAGCGGCUGUGCGGGUGCGAAGUGCUGGGAGGAAGAUGGGCGGGCGGCGAGUUGUCUGUCUUCGCUAG